AUGCCGUGACCCAAAUGGUGUACCCAUAACUCUCUUCUUUCUUUUUUUGUUCUUCUUUUCCAUUCAUUUUGUCGCCAGCGAGAAUCAUUCAUUUCCAGUGGUUUCCUUUUUCCCGUUUCAAAAUUUUCGUUCUUUCGUAUAUUUUAAUCAUUUAAGGAGGGAAGGGAAAGAUAAAAGUUUCAAGAGAGAGAGAGAGAGAGAGAGAGAUAGUGAGAGAGAAUCCCACAGAUCUCUCCUCUUGUUAAUCGCAGGAAUUCGUAGAUCUGUCUCGCCAUCAAAUGGGUCUGUGGGAUGCUUUUCUCAAUUGGCUCCGAAGCCUCUUUUUCAAGCAGGAAAUGGAGCUUUCUUUGAUCGGGCUUCAAAAUGCUGGGAAAACGUCAUUAGUAAAUGUUGUUGCUACUGGUGGAUACAGUGAAGACAUGAUCCCUACGGUGGGAUUCAAUAUGAAGAAAGUAACUAAAGGAAAUGUUACUAUAAAGUUGUGGGAUCUUGGUGGUCAGCCCAGGUUUCGUAGCAUGUGGGAGAGAUACUGCCGUGCAGUCUCUGCUAUCGUUUACGUUGUUGACGCUGCCGAUCACGAUAACCUCAGCAUCUCAAGAAGUGAACUCCAUGAUUUGCUUAGCAAAUCAUCGCUGAGUGGAAUUCCAUUGCUGGUGUUAGGCAACAAGAUUGACAAGCCAGGAGCCCUCUCCAAGGAAGCAUUGACUGAACAAAUGGGACUCAAAUCUAUUACUGAUAGAGAGGUAUGCUGCUAUAUGAUCUCAUGCAAAAACUCAACCAAUAUCGAUUCAGUUAUCGAUUGGCUUGUCAAGCAUUCCAAAUCAAAGAGCUGAGCAAAGUCUUGUUUUGUCCAUUUGGAUCUGUAUUUGCCAAGAUUUCGUUAGACGGAUCUUCUUCUUCUUAUUUUUUUUGAGUGGCUGUUGGUGGUGAGGUUUGCUUGUCUUUAACUUGGUUGCUAAUUGUGUUACCGGGUGUCUUCUACUUUUCAUCUGUUUCCAGGUAAUGUGUAUUGACACUGUUGUAUAUUAAUUUAUUUGUCCAGUGGAGACUAUUUGUGUG